ACAGCCGCUCGCUCACAAGCCGAACCCCCCCGGAAGCACGCACACUCCUUACCAAACAUCAGUAACUUGCGGACUUCUGCGCGCAAAACUUGGCGCACGACGUCCGGCAAUGAGCACAGGCAGACAGCGCGGAUGUUGCGCAUGAGGCGGAGAGGAGCAACGAGACACACAAGUUUUAAUCCAGUAACGCGCGCAAAGGAGCAGCAACAACUUUGAGCAAACUUGUCACCCCGGCUGUCUGUAGCGGCUGGGAUUGCCCGGAGUCCGCCGCCACCGCCGCUGUGCGCUUUUUCCACCCUCCUCCUCUUUUUGCCUUCGCGUAUGUGCAAAGGAGGCGUUGAGUUGCGUUUGUGAACGGAAGGUGACAUGCAGGUGCUCGGAUGGACCGCGCUCGUCCUCUGCCAGUGGAUCCUGCGUAAGGUCCAAGGGUUGGAGAAGAGAGUGGAUUUUUCAGACCUGAGUCCGGUGGGCUCGGCAAUGAAGACUCUCCCUUACAGUAUGGGUGGAGGCACAGGUGGCGGACAACAAGGAGGAGCGGUUAAGCCGCCGUACCAAACCCGGAUUUUCUCCACGUCCUUAGACCAGACGCCCAUUAAGGCGAAGCCGCCCACUUACAGUUUCUAUAACCCGUACGACACAGCCCGGAACCAGUCACUGCUGCUCGACCAGACAGGCUACCGCUCCAAACGUAAGCCCUCGCUCAAGACGGCCAUGAAGACCAAGAAAAUCUUCGGCUGGGGGGAUUUCUACUUCAACGUCAAGACACUCAAGUUCAGCUUGUUGGUGACGGGGAAGAUCGUGGACCACAUCAACGGGACAUUCACCGUUUACUUCCGCCACAAUUCCUCCAGUCUCGGCAACGUGUCGGUCAGCAUCGUGCCGCCUACCAAGAUUGUGGAGUUUGAGGUCCUCCAGCAGCAGCAGUUCCUGCACCCCCACACCCAACAGGAAGUUCAGAUCCAGGAGACCCAGCAAGCCACCAUCGACCCCAAAGAAGUUAAGACGUUCAACUGCCGUGUGGAGUACGAGAAAACCAACAGAUCCAAGAAGCCCAAGCCCUGCUUGUACGACCCGUCUCAGACGUGCUUCACAGAGCACACCCAAUCCCACGCUGCCUGGCUGUGCGCCAAGCCCUUCAAAGUCAUCUGCAUCUUCAUCUCCUUCUUUAGCAUCGACUACAAGCUGGUUCAAAAAGUGUGCCCGGACUACAACUUCCAAAGUGAGCAUCCUUACUUUGGAUAAGCCACACAGAGACGGAUGGCGGUAAUGACGACAUUGACGGGAAUGAUAGUCAUAUUGAUUCCAAGGAUGGAGCAAGGGGACACUUUCGUGCCUCUUCACUGCUGUGAAUUGUGGAUUUAAAUCGAGUACAGUGGUACCUUGAUGCCCCAACUUAUGUAAUGUACCACUGAUUGAGUUGUGUGCAUGUCAGUGCACUUUGAGGCAUUUUUUUGUGCAGGAUAAACGAUGAAACACAAAUGCAAAAUGAAAAGCACUUCGCACUGAAGUUACCGUGUGGUAAAUGGCCAACUGUAGCUGAAGCCACACAUUGCACGAAUACGAAAGUGAGUGUUGGACCUUUGGCUUACUUGAUGAAAAGGGUUCAUUUCUCUAUCUUCUUGUUUACUAUGCUUUUAUGGUCAUAACUUGCAAGGCAGUGCUAGUUGUCUUGGACCGGGAACGGAUUCAAUUCAUUUCAAUGGGGAAAUGUGAUUUGACAUACAGAUAAGAUUGAACAAACUCAUAAGUCAAGGUACCACUGUAUCAUUAAAGUUACAGUUGCCAUGGCAAAGCAAUUUUCCCACAGGACUUUGGUCAAUUCUGGUUUUUUUUUUGCAGUUAUUUCUGUAAAUAUCAAUCUCACCUUCAGCGCACUUAUUGUUUUUAAAUGAUGGUUUCUCUGUGUUAUUAGUUUUUGAAAAGCAGUACGACCUCCUGUGAACCUCUAUCACCAUGUAAGAACAGUAUCUCGCAAAAGUGAGUGCAGCCCUCAAAUUGUUUAGAUAUAUUGUAUUAUAUCUUUUCACGGGAUUACACUGAAGAUAUGACACUUAGCUACAAUGUAAAGUAGUUAGUGAACAUCUUGUGUAAGAGUGUAUAAACUCAAAAUCAAUGUCUAAACAGCUUGUAACAAAAGUGAGUACACCUCUAAGUGAAAAUGUCCAAAUUAUGUCCUAUUAAAUUUGCUGUUAUUUCGCACUCAUACUGUUGACUGAUAUUUCGAUCUGGAAUUUUAUAUUUACAAAAAAAUGUGAGGGGUGUACUCACUGCUGUGAGAUACCAUAUGGUUGCUGUAGUGAUUUUUAUUUAUUUUUUCCUUUGAUAGACUGACUGUUAAUUAUCCCCCCGCGAACUACAUUUCUAUCCUCCGGUUAUAAGAGAGUUCUAUGUAUGUAUGAGAAAUGCUAUGCUGGGUAUGCAUACAAUAUGUUGUAUGAAAACAAAAAAAAAGUACAUUAAAAUAUU